AUGUGUAGACAAGAGAGAGUGUGGACGUCUCAGCCGCUCACCACCCACGAGUGCACUUACAACAGCAUUCAUCUGCGGGAUAACUCAGCAAGUCACGACUUGUUCACUCUUGGUAUCCUUGACGACGACAUGGCCAAAAUCAACAAGCUUUACACGUUUGGCAUCUUGUGCAUUGGCAUGGGCAUUGGCAGCACGGCUGUUAACAAGAUUAUGAAGCCUGAUAUGAGUAUCCCUGUGCCCAAGACAACCACCACCACCACCAGCAACCAAGACAACGACAAGAAUUGA